CAUCUGGGGAAACUCUCUUUUUUCAUUGGCUGCCUCUGCCCUCUGAUCCCGCUUUCCCCCAAACAAGGGAGAGUAAAACAACAGCUAAUUAAUUUCAUCCCUUUGCAGAAACACUUCCUAGAUCUGAGGGCUUUUCACAGUUUCUGUCUGAACCAGGCCAACAAAAACUCCAUCAAAAUGUCCAGCAAACGAGCCAAGGCAAAGACCACCAAGAAGCGCCCUCAGCGUGCCACCUCCAAUGUCUUUGCCAUGUUCGACCAAUCACAGAUCCAGGAGUUCAAGGAGGCUUUUAAUAUGAUUGACCAAAACCGUGAUGGAUUCAUUGACAAAGAGGAUUUACAUGACAUGCUGGCUUCUCUAGGGAAAAAUCCUACAGAUGAGUACUUGGAAGGGAUGAUGAGUGAAGCACCUGGACCCAUUAAUUUCACUAUGUUCCUCACUAUGUUUGGGGAGAAGCUGAAUGGCACAGAUCCAGAAGAUGUCAUUCGAAAUGCUUUUGCCUGCUUUGAUGAGGAAGCCACAGGCUUCAUUCAUGAAGAUCAACUUCGUGAACUGCUUACCACCAUGGGUGAUCGUUUUACAGAUGAGGAAGUAGAUGAGAUGUAUCGAGAAGCUCCAAUUGACAAGAAAGGCAACUUUAACUAUGUGGAGUUCACUCGUAUCCUGAAACAUGGAGCCAAAGACAAAGAUGAUGAAAACUAAGAGAGAUUUCAACUUCCAGUUAUCCUUGAGAUUCUUUGAUGCCCUGGGUCAAGUAACAGAAUGGGUUACACUCUGAAAUAUGUCAGAGAACUAUUUCCAUUCUUAAUGGAGAAUAAGCUUUUGCAUGUCUGUGUAUGUUCACAUGGAUCAAUAUUGACUCAUUUUUAAGCCACCUGUUGAUUUGAUAGGUCCCAUGGAGUAAAAUAUUUACAAUAUCCCCUUUAUAAACAAAUUUCCAGAUAUUAUUGAUGCUGAAUGAGAAGAAACAUUGUGAGUGCAUCUGAUAUUGUUUCAUACACCACUAGCGUUUGAACCUAGCAUUGCUGGACUUUUUAAAAUAGAAAUCUCUUUUCACUCACAUGUACAGCUGUAAUGUGGCUCACACUCUUCAGCUUUUUCACUGCCAUCACAAACUAGUGAGGUAGGAAUAUUCCCUUUUUAAAGUUGAGGUGAGGUGGGAGCUGAACUAUAUAGUAUAUAUAGCCUGGGCUGCUCUAUCACUCUUCAGGUGUGAGAAUGGAAUCAGGGGAUCCAGACCCUACCUCAAACUUUUACAUAAUGGAACAAGUUAGCUUUCACCCUCACAGCUUAAAUUGAACCCAUGAAAACAUCAUUGGAUACCAGAUUAGCUGAUAUCUCACUGCCUUAUGAGAAUCACAUCCCAUGUAGUAAAGAUGUUUUCCUCACAAAGCACAUUUGACACUCAUACAAAGAUUCUUUCAAAUUUCUCCAUUGCUCUUGACCCAGACACAUAAUCUAUCAGCUAAUGCAUUGAUAAAGAAACAAGUUGAUUGGUCCACCAAAGCUGAAAUUCUCUCUCACAUAAAUCCCACCUUGGACUCUGAUCUAAUAUAGUGUUUUUGUGGAGGUUGCCUGAAAAAUUGAAGAGGAAAAAAAAACCACAAAAAAUAAACCACUUUUCCAUAUCUGUUUUAAUUUUUUUCCCUUCUGUUUCUACUGAAA